GCCUCCGAGAAUAGGGGACGAGCAAAGCCCGCAGAGAGGCAUUCUCUCCUCUUAGAAAGAAAGACUGAAGGAGAGAAACUGCAAAGAAGAGCGGUUCUUCUUUCACUCGCCUCCGUUUCUUCUCUUACAAAUUCAUAGCCUUCAGACUCGAUUCUACUAUUGUCGUGUUUGUUUGAAGUUUGUGAAUGAAUCUCCGGUUGACGAGCUCUAGUUUGAAUGCCUUCGGAGAGAAAAGCUUUGGUCGAUACAGAGCUAUCGGUAGAGCUCUCAUUUGAAGCUUCUAGUGCUGAAAAUGGAGGUAAACUCCAAUACAAGGUCUUUCUUUUCUCUGGUCCUUGCAGAUGGUGUUAGACUGAAUUCAAAUGCCUCUUUUCAAAAGAAAGCCUUUUUCCCUGGUGGUACCACCCAAUGAUCUGGAGUGUAAUGAGCAAGUUUUCCAAGUUCGUUUCACAAAGGAGAUAUUUCGUGAUUAUCAAGCUUAUCUGAAACGGAUAAAUCUAUAUCGUCAGAGAGUAUGGACAUGUAAAGUUACUGGGAAAACAAAUUUAACUUAUGAAGAGGCUUUGGUCUCAGAGCAACGUGGAAUAGAAAAGGUUCAACAGUUCCCAAAGGAACUAACGAUACCUGUCUUACAUAUGAUCCAAUUCAGCAUGCUCAAGUUAAAAGAUCUUGUAAAAUCAAUCUGCACCAAGUUGCAAGAUCAAUAUAUAGAGGGCUUGGAGCUAUAUGGAAGAAAAGAUAACCGUGUUCAACCAUGCAAAAUACUGAAGGUUCUGGAUGAGGAUCUUGAAAAAGUUCAUUAUGAAGUAGGAUGGCUUGACAACGAAAAGAAUGUAACUGACACUUCGAUAGUAAAUGCGGAUGUUCUGAUAGGGAAGAAGCUGCCUUUCACUAGAAAUGUUCUUAAGUCAUUUAUUAGAGAAUCCACUUCAAGAAAUUUUCCAUGGGUGGUUCACGAUAAAUUGGCAAAGAAGCAUGGAGUUUCCACUGAACCUCCAGAAGAGCUGAGAGAUAAACUCUCCAUUCAGGAUGGAAGUCUUGGAAGGAAUAAACGCAGGAAAACUGUCUCAGAUACUAAAAUCCAAAGGACCAGCAAAAGGAAAAAAUUGGACACUGAAAACUCUGAAGACUUGACCAUGAGAAAAAAGGCAAGGAAAGAAAUUGAAAAACCUAACGAGGAACCAAUUAGAUAUCCAAUCGAUGAUCUUUUGGUUCAACCUGGAGCUGAUGAUCCAGUUUUCAAUGAUCGCCCUUCUCCAUCAAGGAAUUUUGGUGUUCCAGUGGACUGUGUUGGGGAUCUUAUAAUGGUUUGGGACUUCUGUUCUUCAUUUGCCAGGUUGUUGAAUUUGUGGCCAUUCUCCCUUGAAGAUUUUGAAAAUGCAAUUUGUCACAAGGAUAACAAUCUUAUUCUCAUAGUGGAAUCACAUUUGGCACUUCUUCGUUUGCUAAUGAAAGAUGGGGGUGGCUACUUAAUGGUUAUACAGAAAAAAAAGCGGAAACCGAAGAUUACUCUAACAAAUUGGAUGGAUUAUUUGUGUGACUUCUUAGAGAUGGAAGAUAUACCAGAAUUAUCCACUCAUAUAGGAACAAUAAAACGGGGUCAUUAUGGACUUUUAGAUCCACAAGCUAAACUGAGUAUCUUGCGGGAGCUGAUUGAUAAAGCCCUUGCAGCAAAUGCUAUCAGGGAGCAGUUGGAUACGUAUAUUGAACAACAUCAAGCACUUGCAGCCACAAAGAGGGGAGAGGCAUUGGAGGAAGGUAGAAAGCGGAGAGAAGAAAAGGAACUUUUGAAAGCAGACCCUGACAUCAAAGAAGUACUACUCAGUAAUAUCCUUGAGAAUGGGAAACACAGCUUGAACAUAUCUGAGAAUGGUGAUAGCAACGGAACAAUUGGAGAUUUUCCAGAAAAAGAAGAUGGGAAGGAGGGGAAUCAUGCAUCUGAAAACAGUGAAAGUCAUCAUGUGAACAUGGCAUCAAGAAAAGUUAACAAGAAAAAGAAGAAUUUGAAGGUCGCUAUAGAGACCAAGCAAGUGCCAUCUAGUAUGGAGAAACACAAAAAACAACUGCCAUUGAAGAAGGAUAAAGAAAUGGAAGCUCAGGAGAAGAAAAGUAAAGAGCAAAGGAAGGAACAUCUUGAGCGUGAAAUGGAGAAACGCUUCGUUCGUACCAACCCUCUGGGGAAAGACAGAAAUUAUAACAGGUAUUGGUUUUUCCGGCGUGAUGGGAGAGUCUUUGUUGAGAGUUCUGACUCUAAGAUAUGGGGAUACUACAGUGCGAAGGAAGAGCUUGAUGCAUUGAUGGGUUCACUAAAUUGUAAAGGGGAGAGGGAGAGAGCUCUUAAAAAGCAGCUUGAAAAGUGCUAUAGCAGAAUAUGCCCGGCGUUGCAUAGGAGAUCAAGGGAUAUUGCUCAAAAGAUUGCAUUGGAUGAGGCUGUUCUCCGACGGUCAACACGUGUCCCUCCAAGGGACAACCCAGCUUUGGCAUUUCUCCGGUAUGUCAACAAGUGGAAGGACUGACACCUGGAGAAUUAGGAAACCGAGCUGUUUCUUCUAGGUUAAGCGGAUGCAUGGUAUGAGAAGUUUAUUAUCCUUGAUUAUUUUCUUCGGCGGUACUAUUUUUGGGGAGCUUUACGUUCCAGUGCUGUCGUGAUGGACACACAUUUGAUUGGGAAUCUAUAUAGAAGAAUUUUUUUACAACAAAUACAGCCAAGGACAGCUGGCUUGACAAACUUCUCCUGAGGACCAGGUAGAAAGUACUUGGACCAAACCUCUUAAAUGCUUUCUAGAAUUGUUCUGGUUACUCGCUGUCAAUUUUGAUGCGAUGAAAUACCCUUCACUUGUAAACGUAUCUUGAGCAAAACUGUUAAUCCAAUUUAUUCAGUAGAAUACUCAUUAAUUAUAUGUAGAAUCUCACAUUAACCUCCGAUAAAACCUGAUUCCUAUUAUCAAUGAUUAUAUCAAUCAUUUUCUAUAAAA